AUGGCUUUGAAACAGGAAGAAGUUAUAGCUGGAAAGUAUCUACAUGCUCUCCUUGAUAUGCUUCAGUUCCAAAGUACGCACAUGUGGACCACAGAUCUCCUCAACAAAAUUGUGAUUUAUUUCCAUUCUCAGAAUUACGUAAUGACGUAUAGUAACCUACAGGUAUCCAUAAAAAAAUAUUUGGAGAACUUCUUAUACCAUCCCAAAGUACUUUUGGCAGAGUUUCAACAGAUGAAUCAACAACAUUUUCAAGCUGCGAUGAAAUAUCUCUUUGGCAGCAAACAGAGCUAUUUGGAGUUGGGAAAUAUAGUUAUUGAUCUGGCUACAAUAAGAGAGAGAAUUUUCCAAAGCCCGGGAGGAAACAGAACCUUGUUCCUAAUUACGCUGGAGAGGUGCUUUCUGACACUGAACCCCGUGGAAUGUGUCGACAUAUUAAGUCAAGUCCUGCGGACAUCUUCCAUCUCCUAUCUCCAAAGCCACGCGGUAACCCUCCUACCGAGAGACCUGCAGGAAGAUGCUUUUCGAAACCUAUCAACAGUAUUCAAAGAUCUGUACGACCGAAUGACUGCAAAUGCACAACGGGCUCUGUAUCUCUGGAUGACGCAAAUCCUACAGAAAUUCCACAACACCAGUGGAAAUGAUACUUCAUGGGUUAGUGCAGAAAGCAUGUGGAUCCUUGGAAGAUAUAUGGUUCUUCUCCCUUUAGAAGAAAUCAAGAAGAUUAACCCAUAUGAAAUGAGGCUUUUCAUCAGUUAUGACAAUGCGACAAAGCAGCUUGAUACUGUGUAUGACAUCACGCCCGAUCUUGCACAAGCUUUCUUGGAAAGGAUAAAUGCAUCAGGAUUUGAUAUGAAAAAUACAUCUACUCUCUAUAGAUUGGGCUUGUUGGUUUGUUUUUACAAUGACCUGGAACAGAUAGAUGCCAGUGUGGCCCGGGCUUUACUUCAUCAAAUGAUGAAAUGUAACCAGCUGAGAGGUUUUCAGGCUGAUAUUCAGAAGCUCAAAUCUCAGCUUCUCAGUAUUGCCAUGCAAAACCAGACGUUGAACGACACACUUGGCUCACUCUCAGAUGCAGUUGUGGGACUGACAACCCUACAGCUAGAAUCUCUCUCACCCGAGGCUGUGCAGAAUGCCAUCCAAACAUUAAACCAAAUCUCUGGAUGGGCCAAAAGCCAAGUCAUGAUUUUAUCGAGCAAAUAUCUGAUGCAUGAAAAGGUUCUACUGUUUCAUAAUAUUAGCCAAAUGGGUGCUUUGGUGACUGGCAUUAGCACUCACUCAUUUCACAACAUGAACCCCAAAGAACUCGCUCAGGUUAUCAGAGGCACGCUGGCUCAGCGCAUGUCUGAUUUAUCACCUGCACAACAACAUGGGAUCCUUCGGAAGCUAAUUACAUCCACAGAGCUGUGGCCAGUGAUUACUGAUCUACAAGGAGCCUUUUUCAAAGAGGUGUCACUUUUUGAUUUGUGGAAGGAGGAAAGGCUCAAUUCUUCACUCGUGAAAGAAAAAGAAUUAAGGCCAAGUCAGGCCUUGUAUCUGUAUGAUGUAUUGUCAAAGAAGACUCUGCCUUCUGACCUGUUAAGCAUCACCCAGCUACUGAAAGGAGUAACCUGUUUGCAGAUUGAAAAUAUGAAUGCGAUCUCUUUUUUAAAUACUUUCAGCAUUUUUGAGAAGAAUCUUCACUUGCUUUCACCUUAUCAGAUUAAUUGUUUGGCCUGGAAGUUUUGGACCGUCUCCAAUGAAUCGGUACCUCCCUAUCUCUUAACAGCACUGCCUGUUGAGCAUCUGGAAUCCAUAAUAGGAUCUCUUUGUGUCCCUUUUGUGGCCAGCCUGGGAAAAGUUGAACUAGAUCAUCUCAUUAAAAAUAGGCAGAAGAAAAAAGCAAUUCUGCAAAAAGUACAGGACUGCAUGAACGGCUCAGUCGCCGAUGAAUACGACAUUGACUUGCUCGGAAGCCUCAUUUGCCAUCUGCCCGCAGCAUUCGUCUGUGAGGGGAUAUCCCUGGAAGCCGGGGCAACAGCCCUCGACCGAUUUCGAUCCUGCCAACAUCUCGGCUACAAUCAUAAGAUGGAGAUUAAACAUAGACUGAUGGAAUUGCACGGAUCCCCGAGAAACUGGACAGCUGAAACAACGCAAGACAGUGGACAAUUUUUAGCUCUUUUGCCAAUAGCUGAACUAAACAUCCUUAUGGAAAAGUUUCCUGAUAUAAUCUCAGAAGUGGCAUCAACGACAUCAGGGCCAGUCCCUCCUUCUGAAGAGCUCCUAUUGGCCCAUUUUGAAUUUGUUCGCAAUGCCAGUCUCCCGAUGAGAACACCUGAUUCAGCUCCAGAGUGUACUGACGUCAUGGCCCCUUCUUCAGAGGAGAUUAUAAAAUUAUUAGAAGCAAACGUGUUUUGGUCUGUUCAGGAGCUGGUCUGCAUGGAUAUGGAUACUUUCACCAAGACGGUGGAACUCCUUGGCUCUGUAGGGCGUUUCAGCCUGCCGCAGCUUGUUGCACUGAAAGAGAAAGCUAAGCAGGUUUGGGGCCCGCUGGCAAGCUGGAAGAGUUAUCAUAUUGUUUCCCUCGGACGCAUCGCCGUGGCUCUCAAUGAGACUGAAAUUGGAGCGCUGGAUCUGAGUUCUGUCGAGAGCAUCACUGCUCUUAGUCAGCAAACGGAGUGGAAUCCUGAACAGGCCAAAUCUAUUUUAGAAGGCUUUCUGGAAGACUCGGGCCAAGUGAUAGAAACCCUGAAGAGGUUUGAUUUGGUAGGACUAGGAGCUAGUCUUUGUACUCUGAACUCCUCAGAGAUUGCAUCUAUAAAUGCAACUGAAUUCAGUGCUGUUGUUGCAAGACUUGGCUCCUUGCCAUGCAGCACAAACGUUCUGAAAGGAUUUAAAAGGAAGGCAGAGUCUGUGUUUGGAAUGGCUACAGAGUGGAACAGAUCUAUUCUGCAGGAGGUUGGUGCCAUUGCAGCUGGUUUUAAUGAGAAAGAAUUAAAAACUCUCAAUAAAGAAUUGAUGCCUUAUUUCCAUCCAGAAGCAAUAAAACGAAUCCCCAGUGAAAUAUUCAAAGAACUGUCUCCGGAGCAAAUAGCACACUUAGGCCCUGAAAACGCAGCCGUGGUAACAUCCUCACAGCGCCAGCGCCUAAACGAACUGCAGCUGCAGAGCCUCGAGCUGGCACUAGAUGGAGCCAAAAUGAGCAUCCAGAAAGUACCACUGGGGGAAAGUACAAUCAGACCAACUUACACGUCUAGCCUGAACGGUGCUUCUUUCCCCUGUAAUUCAAGACUUUGGUGGCUUGCUGUAUUCCUCAUUCAUCGCGCAUCCUGAAUCAGUAACCACUGUUAGAGGUUAUGAGGUCUGCAGCUCGAAUGGGAAGAUAAAAGAACAUUCUUUUGGAAGUCCCUGCUGAUGGUAAAGGAGUAAUAUUUUGCCUUCUCCAAGAACUGCAGGCAUUUUGAGUCCCAAGAAUGCAUUUGAGUUAUAUUUUCUAGCUUUCUAUAACUAUUGCUAGAACAUGUGUUUUAUGGCUGUUGAUUGCUCUUGAGGCAGUACAAAACCAGAUUAAAAAGAUGUAGAAGAAUAUCCUUAGCUUUCAGGUGCAAACAUUAGGAGAAUGUACACGUAUGUGUUUAAAUUCUUAAAUUGCUAGCUCAUGGGAUGUGACCCACCCAGGGGCAAAGUGCAUGUUUAAAGAACUUUGGCUGUGGUGCAGUAUAGAAAUAAUGAUGGUGAUGCUAGAGAUGUAAAGAUACAAGCUGCACAGGGUACUGCUUCUGCUGGUGUCCCUUAGUAGAACCUGUCCCAUAAUAUGUCACACAGAAUCUGCAAGCCACUUGCUGACACAGGGCUCAAUCCUGUGCACAUUUCCUCUGAAACAAUCAUUUUCCAGUCAGCUGCAAAAAGCUACCCUCUUCGAAAGCCAUCUCUUGCACACACUUACAUACGAAAAAGCACCAUUGAAAGCCACAAGACUUAUUCCUGAACAGACAUGUGUAAGAUUGCAUUGUUCAUGAGAUACUUACCAAUAAAAAUUUCCUAAUUAAAAUAUGAUUCACAGCUAGUACUGAAGCUUUAUCCCCAUUUCACCCUCCAUCUGCUCUUGGCCCCAGUUCAGCCUGCAUGCUCUCUCUUCCUUCCCACACUAAUUUUCCUAGGCCUCCUUUCUGCGCCUCUUGAUCUCAAGUCCCCUCUGCAAUCACCACUCCCCUCACCACAACUUGCCCCUAAUUUUGCCCACCCUGGCCUGGAUCCAGAAGCACGCCGGCACAGCGAUGGGCUGUUGCGUAUGUGCUCUGCGCCUUCCCCACAGCAGUGGAAAUGAGCCUGAAAUCAGGUUUUCAGUUCUCUCGGAAAACUUUCAGUCAGUGCUUCUGAAGCGGAUGGUGCUGCAAGGGGUACAUGUCCUACAUGCGCCAAACACAUGAUUCGCAGUGUGCCACGGGUUCCAUCCUCCAGCAUCACUAGGUAGGGCUGGGAGAGACCUCUCUCUGCAACCUUGGAGAAGCAUCGUUGUCAGGUGUAGAAGCUACUGGAGUAAAUGAGCCAAAGGUUUGUUGCAUUAAGGCAGCUUCGUAUGUUUCAACCUAGGAACUGAGCAUAAUCCAGCUUGUUGUAUGCAGAUUUUGGGAAUAGGGUGUAUAGUACCUUUUUGCAAAUGUAAUUUCAAGUCUAGUUGAAAUUCAAAAGCCUGCUUCCAUCUUGGUGAAUUGGGACACCUAGUGCACAACAGAAAAAGCACCUACUGGGAAGUGUAGGUCUAAACUUGCAUAGGACUGCGUCUCCAAUUAGAUUAGAA